UGCGCUUGCCUGGUUCAGUGCAAAGAUAUUUCUUGGACCUAAAAUGGCGGAUGACUGUACAACGCGGAAAGGUUAGUGUACUAAAGUCAUCGGUGUCAUGGGGAACAGUACGUCAAACCAAAACAGCGACACAGAGCAAGAAGACGUUGAGGAUUCUUUUCAAGAAAACGAGAAAGACUCUGCAACUAACAUCGAGGGAAACCUGGACUUGAAUGUGUUAUUUGAUCUUCAAAAGCUGAGAGAAGCCUCUUCAAAAUUAUUAGAAGAAGCUGGUCCUAGCCUUCUACAGCAGCACCAGAGUACGCUUGUCAGAUGGAUCGACGAUCGAAAGUCGCGCGGUGAAGAAACGGUGACAUUGUCUCAGUUCACAGACUUUCUUUCGAACCGUGAUAUUGACAAAGAGGUCGCUUCAGAGAUCUUCAGACAGUUUGACAUCGAAGGAAGUGGCGUAGUGGAUGUUGACCAGUUUCAUGAGAUCCUGGUAAAUACCUGUAACAGCAGUGGUAUUGGCUUCCGGGACGAUUUACAGUUUGUCAAUGGACUCUUUCAAGAAUAUCAAUACACACCAGGAUUCUUGGACGCUUUCACUGAUGGUAAAACUGUUGUAUCGAAGCAUGGAAAAAAAUUAAACAGAUUCCUAGAACGUAAUCGUGCUCACAGCAAUGCAAUUUCGGUUCCCGCUUUGGAAAGUUUCAUUAAUACAACUGACAUGCGAAUGAGGGUUCUACAGGCCCAUUUAUCAUCAGUGAAGGAAAAGGCUGAUAUGAGAAAACGAGACCCGCCUCUACAGGAAGACGAGGUUCUUAAACCAAUCACAAGAUGUUUUACCUUGAUUGAAGUGUCAUCAAACCGAAGUGAAAUUCCUAAACUUACUGAUGGUGACACAAGGACUUUUUGGCAAUCGGAUGGUCCUGCAAGAUCACAUUGGGUCAGGUUGAAGAUUGCACCCAAUGUUGUCAUCCGCCAGCUGUCAAUCAAUGUGGCAUCAUCGGAUGAAAGUUACAUGCCUCAUGUUGUCGUUGUAUCGGCCGGACGUGACAUCUACCAUCUGACAGAAAUCAUUGAGAUGAAGGUGCCGAGCCAGUUCACAGGAAACUUUGUUUUAGUUGAGAACAUGAAAACAUACUUUCCAGUAAUCCAACUCAACAUUAAGCGUUGUCAUAGUGAUGGUUGUGACACAAGGGUACGCCAAGUCAAAGCUAUAGGAUACAGGGUUGUCAAAUCAAAAGGAGUCACAGUCGUAGAUGCUACUGCCAUGUGGUAUUUGUCAGUGCUUGCAUCAACAGCCCAAGCUGCGUUGCCCAUUGCUCCUGGAUUGAGAGAUGCCAUUAUUGGCCACACGAAAAAUGCACUUGUCCAUAUACAGCCACUCGCAUUGUCAUCUAUGUCAUCUGACAAACCGGGUUUCUUGAGUAAUAAUGUCAUGGAACAAAUGGAGAAAUUUUUGAGCAAUAUCGUUUCAAUGAGUGAACAGGCAGAUCCAAACGAUCUUUGCAUCUUGAUUGAGUUCGCCAUUGCCAGAGGAAGUCUUGGCAGUAUUAUCAAUGUACUAAAAAUUCUGCAUGAUCGGAUAGACGAGGAGUAUGAUGCAGGAGCCUUUGUGAAAGAUUUGGCAGACGUUAGGGACAAGGCAGUCAGGAAACAUGCGGCAUUGCUGGAUCUUUCUGUCUACUGUUGUGACGGCGGAUCAAAAGAGACGUCAAGUGGACCCUCAAAUGUGCUCUCGAAUUCGCUCAGUGGAGAUGCAUAUCUUUCAAGUGCUGGCAAAAAGAUAAUAAAUUUUGCAUUUAAUGCAAAAUCUAGAAAUUUGGUAACACCAACCAGAGCUUUCAUCAGGGUCUCAAGAGGAGCGAUUGGUGCUGAAGACGGUCUUGUAUUUGUCGUUGAUUCCCUCGAAGUAAAACCAUUGUCCAAAAAGGAGAAGGAGGAGAAUGCAGAAGAAGACAAGUUUGAAAGGCUCAAAGAUUAUAAUUCGUGGACGAGUGCUGAUUACAAAGAGCUAUGCUCUAAGAUAAAAAAUGGUUACAAACCAAAGGAAGAGGAUCCUGUCGCAUAUUUCAGUUUUGAUAAAGACUGGGAUGACACGGAGUUUCAGAUGGAUAGAAUGAAAGCUGGGCGGUUCAUUGUGAUAAAAUUUUUACGAACCCGGCAAGAAUCUGCUGAACGAAUGGGAGUUUCUUGCAUCAAUCUGCAUGGGUAUGAAGUGAACGAAGCCCAUUUGGGGUUCAAGCAAUUAGUGGAAAAACAUACACCACUGCCUGAAAAUAUCCACGAAAAAGUUUCCGGAAGACUUCUAUUCCUUCAUAUAUUGAGAUUUUUGGAUGCCAUGGCUGCAGAUACGUUAAGCGUCAGAGCUCAGAACCAAAAAGAACAACUCAUUGUUGAAAAAGACUCUCUUCUCGAUAUUAGUGACGCCUCGAUGCAGCGAAUUUGGUCAUUGUACAAACUGGCAUCAACUAGGGGCUUCGAAACUGAAUACGUUGCCGUUGCUUGCUCGUUGAUUCUGAGCGUGUUUCAUGUCACGCUACCAAGCAUGAAAGCAAGCAGUCAUCAGCAAAAGGACACUUCCAGGUCAAGCUCACGUUCGGAAGCCAGCACCGAGAACGCUGGACAGCCCUGUGCAGAAGUUUUCCAGUACCUUUGCGAUUUAGUGGACGAUGGCAAGGGGCCAGCUAGCAUCCUAAAGAUUGCUCAGGGCAUCAUUUUAGACGGCGCAGAGAUAUUUUUCCCAGAUGCCCAAGCAAGACGCGAGCAUCUUCUGUCCUUGGUCGACCAGGUUAUGGAAGAGAAAAAAGCCGUUUCCGUUGGCUACACCUUCGAGUCCUUGUGUCGGUUUUUCAGCAAUAGGGAUUCAAGUGGCCUGCUCGGUUUGCCAGAUAAUUUACCAUCCGCUGAUUUUGAUAAGAAUUCGGUUGUUUACGUCAUGCAAACCCUGGUGUCGGUCGCCUUCAGAGAGUGCAUUGUACGAAUCUCAAAGGACGAGAUGUCUGAUCGACCAACCAAUCUGGUUCAACUUCUCUGUGCCAUGCAGAAAAGUCUUCUCAACUGGUGUCAUACGCAUUGUGGAAGUAAAAAUGAAGAAGCGCAGAAUGUUGCCAAUUAUAUCGUUCUUGAAUAUGUCAAAUUAAUGUCUUGCAAAUGUGAAAUGGUGCUGCAGAAAUUGGAUAAGAUUGAAAACAUGACAAGAGUUAUCGAUCGCCUCGAACACACUUUCAUAUCUGCAGCCAUGAGGCAGUUGGUCCUGUUCUUAAACUUGUUUAGCACGAUGGAUCUGCCGAGUGUCAAGCUCCUUAAUACGCUGCAGAGUAUGGACAUGGAACUGAAGAAGGUCUCUCAGCAAGUUCCUGAACUGUUCCACCAGUCAACGACUGAUGAAUGGAGCGACAAACAGGAGAACGUUACACUUCGCACAUGGGAUGUCGAGUCAAGACACAAUUACGACAACAAUUUGCGUGUUGUAAUGGUUUUCAGUUGCCCUGGAUGCACGGAGUUCAAAGUUGAAUUUGAUCCAAGAUGUGAGACAGAGAGAAGAUACGACUAUUUAGAAUUCACUGAUUCCAAGGAUCAGAAAAGGAAGUUCGAUCAAAAAGUCGGAACGUCCGAAUGGCCACAGGUGGUUGAAUUCAAAGCAGGCCAGAAGCUUCACUUUCUGUUUCAUUCGGACGGUAGCAACAAUGAGUGGGGAUACAAAUUUAAGGUUUCUGCAAUUGGUCGCCCAGACAUCAAUGUUUCAUGGAUAUUUGAUUUGCAGUUGAACAUAUCUAGGCUGUUUGGAAUCCUGUGUAGCAAUGCCAUUGACUGCAGAAAAGCCGUGGAAACACAGUCAGAGAAGGCAAAAAAAGGAGAGAUUAGGCUCCUUCACAACGAGUUGUGGUCAUCCCUAUUCAGAGGUGGAUACCGUGUUGGCAAGCUUCAGAGAUCCCUUUCUGGUUACUAUGGUGCCAGCCCAGCUGAUUCAGAUGUAAAUGGAUUUCUUGUUAAACUGGUAGCUUCAGGUGAUGAGAAAUCGAAAGCACUCAUUCAAAGAUUCAGAGCAUCGCGCACGGGACACUAUCUGGGUGGAGCAGCCAUGGAUGAGGCCGUGCAUUCUGUGUUUGCAGCCUGUGUUUGGCACACGCAAGAGAUGAGAGAACAGAUAUCAUCGUAUGUAAAUGGAGAGUUACCCGCUGAAAUUCCCUCAUGCCUCAUGGCCGCUUUCACUGCAGCUGAGGGUAUACGAAGACUCCUGUUGGAAGCACGACAGAAGUUAUGUGUGUUGGCAGAAGAUGUUAAAGAAGGUGAUGGCGAGAAAGAUGUUGAGAUGGUAAACCCAGAUGCGCCGAUUCAUUCAUGUAAAGAAAAGUCACUUUUUCUGCUCAAAUUUGCUGGCCUAUCAAAGCUGCCCAAGAAAAUGAAAGAUGGAGAGAUUGGGAUUCUUAGUCGUGCCAACUCAUUACAUCGCUCAAGAUCAUGGAACAAACAUGACUCUUUGGAACAUAAACAUAGUCGUUCAGCAAGCGAUGACUUGUCAGUCUACGAAAGAUAUCCAGCGUUGAAAAUGGUGACAGAUUUUGUCACCAAUGAUGACUUCUCGUUACAAAGAAUAAAAGACCUCCUGAAGCAGCGACACGAGUAUGCAGACAAUGUUUCAUGUAUAUACUCAUUCAGCAAAGAUUUUCUACAGCAAGAAAAACCUUCCGAGGUCUUCUCACCUCACGUUAUUCUGUUCCUCCAACAACUGCUACACUGCCAGCACAACUUCCCCAGGCACUACUGCGAUUUCCUCAAUGGAUGUGGGCUUGAAUACGAGAACAAAGUUCGAAAGCAAUUUUAUUUGUUCAUCAGAUACCUCAGCCAGGCAGUCAUAAUGGGAGCUGCCUCUGAUAACGUCAGUGCACCCUUCUUUGAAAGUUGCAGAGCUUUUUUACUUCAUUUCUUGACCGUCGACUGGAAGCCAAAUGAUUAUGUAUUUCUAAUGGAAAUCGAGCUGCCAAAGCUAUUAAUGGAAGCAACCAAAGCCACUGCGUCACAUCCUGGUGACAACAUGGAGCGAUUUGAACUCCAAAUGCAUGAGAGGCAUCUUAAUUAUUUCAAAGAGGCGAAGUCCAUGGAUAUCGAUAAAUGGUGCGAGAAGACCAGGGAGUCUGCACCAAGAGAUGUGAAAAGAGACAUCAAUCUGUUCAUUGCAAGAUUUUCAGAGCAUCUCAAUGUUCAAAUCACGUGCGAUGGUUGUGGGGAGAAGUUGUCUGGUCGCCGUUAUCGUUGUCUCAAUUGCAUGGAUAUGGAUUUAUGUGCAAAGUGCUAUGAAAAUAACGAAAAGCCAGAUGAGCAUACGGAGGAGCAUGAAAUCAUAGAUCUACGGUACGGAUGUGACAAUUGUCUCGCGUUUAUAGUCGGCACUCGAAUACACUGCAAUGAAUGCGUGGACUUCGACCUCUGCUUGGGUUGCUUCAAGAAGCAGGCUGGCUCUGGACAGCAUCAGUUGACACACAGCAGUACAAAAUUCACAAUGAAUCUAAGUGCUAUUUAUGCGAGACCUCAAGAUGCUUGCUCGUUGAAGACUUAUGUACACCACUAUAGUUGGCUUAUGUUUUCAUCACUUGCGCUCUCGCUCUCAGAAAGUUUACAAGAACAGAAAACAUCAGGUUUGGAUGCUGAGUACUCGAGAGCCGCUGCUGAUCUUUUGUUGAGCUGUCUGAAUGCCCUUGCCGAUGUUUUGGAUUCGGUCAAAAUUGUCCCGGACCCUGUGGAAUCAAAAGACCAGGAGAAGACAUUGCCAAAAGCAGAAUCAAAGAAGGUGUUAGUAAGACAAAAUGGAUCAGAUGAAGAUCCGACAGUUGAAGAGACCCCAUCAACAGACGACAAAACAGAAGAUGCCGUUGUAGAUGGCGCUGUGAACGCGGAAGCAGCCAAUGGCAGUACAGUGCCACAAGCUGACGUAUCUAAUGUUUCCAUGGAAACCUCCUUCGAAGCGAAAACGGAAGAUACCAAAGAAGACAAGAAGACUUGCGACAAAACUGUGCCUGAUGCGGACUUAUUCGCAUCUGUUGCACAAGAUAAGAUUCUCGGCUCAUUAGGUGCAUUGAUGCCUCCAAAUCGCCAGCUAUCUUCGUAUCCAAACUCCGAGAAAUUUAUUUCCUUCAUUUCAACCCGACUGAUGCCAUCCAUUCUCCGACUCUUGCGGUCUGAUCAAACCGAAAUGAAAGUUAGAAUAAUUGCACUUGGUGUUUUAUCUAAAACGCUCAGAUGUGUUCCUCCAGAUGUGGCUGAUAAAGGCGUCGCUGCGAUGGAGGAAACCUCCUCAGAAGGUCAGGAAGCAAGCGCAGAUGGCAUCAAAACCGUGCAGCUUUUGUUUAAACUUGGAGCAGAAUGCCUCGCAAGAGCUGAUCUUGACACGGCGUCAGGUCUAGAAACAUUGUUGAAGCAGCUAACCUGCACUGGAAAAUGGCAUGGUAUUGUCACCAAGCAUGCGAAUGCCUGUCUUGAGAGUCUAGCUGUGGAUAGCAGGAAUCCUUCACUGCCGUCACUCUUCGCUUUGAUGUUUUUUGCCGGUUUCCCAGACGUUUAUCGAAUGGGAACAAUGGCAAAAGUCAACGAAACUGGCGCUGAUACAAAGGAUGUUGUGAUAUUCGAUUACAAUCAAGAUCGUGGCAUCGUCUCUGCCUAUAAUUUUAAAUCGAGAAAAUUGCAAAUGAUUAAGGAACAUCUCAUUGACGAUGAUGAUGCAUGGUCAGAAGGCACAGACCCAAACCGAAUACCUGUUUUACUGAAUAUCAUUAAAGACGUGCUGUCAAACAAAAAAUGUUUGCACAGUUCCGUGGAGCAGAAGUGGGUGCGUGCGUUAGUUCUGAAAGCCCUUUUAGGAAAUCUCAAGGCUGGCAUUAGCUCUAGUGAUAUGCUCAAGAUCAUGAACAGCUCUAUAAUUUCACUGGUAGUCAACUUGGCUUGUCAAGGGACACGUUUCUCCAAGCAAUGGCUUCUACGCGAUCUUGAGAUUUUGUCAUGGAAACUCUAUAAGCAGGUGCACACUACCGUUCAACCUGUCAAAGAGCAGGAACAGAAAGAUCCUCUAGAAGGGCUUGGCAAAGAUGCAAGAACUCUGAUGGAGAAUAUUCACGAUGCAUUGAACUGCUCGUACCCAAUCCUAAGAGCGAUGUAUGAAACAUGUGGACAGGAUGACGAGAAACUUAGAGAAGAAGUUCAAAGAAAUUUGAUUGACGGCGACGGCGUGGCUUUGCGAGUUUCAGAGGAAAUCAGAGAGAAGGCAAAGAAAUGGGAAACUGAGCCAGAUCCGAAAUCAUCGCCUUCAGAUUCUUCUGUUGACAUUGGUGUUCAUAGAGUUACCCCGCAGCUUAAAGAGAGCAAAGAACUCCGAGCGAAACCAGAGUCAGGCGAAGCAACGCACAAGUUUAUCACAUCAUUGACUGAGGCAGAAAAAUUUGAAACGAGAGGACGGCAGAGAAGGUCAAAGUCCGCAGAACUUCUGAGAGAAGAAUUGGAAAAUAAGCAGCGAACAGACACGACUAGUUUUAUCAAAAAGGUGAACCAUGCUGUCUCGGUUGGCUAUGCACGACAUCUUGUUGCUUGGCUUUUUUCAGUAUGGCCGGCGAACCAGAGGAUAACCAAGACCUACCUGAAUAAUAUUGAUGCAUCUAAGGUGGUAGGACUUUUAGAUUUGAUACAAGAAGCAGAGAACAAGGAACACUUUGAAAAGGUUGUGUUCAAUUUUGUACAGCUGUGCGACAAAGAGUUAGUAAAGCCAUUAGCCUUAUCAGCUGUUCAUUCGAUGGGAGAGGUGCAACUAGCCUCAGUUACGAAAGAAUCGGAGCACAAAUAUAAAAACAAUGCCAGGAUAGAGGAUAAAGUCGUGAUUCCUGGAGCGAUCAGCCUCUUCAUUCGCUUCGAUAAAAGGUGCGCGACAGAGAGCAAAUGUGACAUUCUUACCAUAUCAUCGUCUCCAAAUUACUCUCAAAACUUUAAGGAGUACAGCGGCACUGGCUACUGGCCUGAAUUUGAAAUGCCAGGCGACACGGUCUAUUACAAGUUUACAUCCGAUGCCAGCAACACUGACUGGGGCUGGAAAUUCACCGUCACUGGCGGCCAGCUUGGCAGAUUCGAAACUGGAUGUGGAAUCUUAAACGGUUUAUUAGCCCAAGACAUCGAGUUUUCAAGAUCGCUGCCACUGAAGCAGUUAUGGUCUUGGUUGAUCGUCGUUGCCUGUAAUCAAGUCGGUCAACAGAGGUUAAUGGCCACAGGGUUGUUGCUAAGAAUUCUACAGAUUUCUGCUGGUGACCCACUGCUGUUUGGUGAAAAUUUUGCACCUUUACGCAAAGAAGAAUGGCCAGAUUUGAGCCAGCUUAGGCCACUCUGGGCGCUGUACACAAAAACAAUGACGGCUGAAACAGUGAAAGGUACAAGCUAUACUCUGAUGUCUCCUGUUCUUCGUGGCUUAUCCGAGCUUUUCCUUGUGGUGGAAAAUGUGGCCCAGGACCUCGGUCUUGCAGAUGAGCUGGUUGCGAGGCUUGCAACUGAAGACAAGUUACGGAAGCGACUUACGCAGGCCGUGACAAAUAUUGCUGCCAUCGGAUUGGCAAUUGAAAUGCCAAACAAAGCUUUGGAUAUUUUACGGAAUGCCCCCUCAUGCCCUACAAUUUCGCAGGAGGGCUCUGUGAAAGAAUCCGAAAGCCAAAGCCGCCGAAGAUCAUCGAUCAUUGAAAUAACAGGAAACAAUUCAGAAUGGUCAGGCAGUGAUGAUGACCAAGAAGAUGACACAGAAGAGGAAGGUGAUAUGGAGAUAGACGAAGAUAGCAGUAUGGAAAGCUUGGACAGCCCCGAUGAUUAUAGUUUUAUUUGAUUCUUCAACCAAUCAUAAAUUCAAUAUUAGAAUAGCAAGUUAGAUAUAAUCAAUAUUGAAACAAAACUCGAAUUGAACAAAUGCAAAAUGAAAGGGCCCUAGUUAGUACGAUUGUAUCCUAGGUUAGCUGAUGAUAGGGGGCUUAUGACAAUUGGAGAGGAUCUAAACAAACAACCCCUUUCCUACCCUCCCUCACAGGUAUAACUCCUGCUAGUAUCUGUUGUAAUGUUGAAAUUUAACCUUUCAAUUUAUAAUAUUCUUGGUUUUAAAGCUAAAUAAAAAUUUUGUUUUAGUUUAAACCCAAUAAUGCGAGAUGACUCGGCAGAUUUGAACAUUUCUGUAAGCCACUUUGUCAUUUAAUAUGCACUUUAUAGUCCCAAAAAUUCAAGAUGAUAAACUGCCACUGCACUAAUCUAGGUGCUUAUAGAAUUCCAGUAAUGUGUUCUUUUAUAUGUUUCAUGUAAUUCAUUUGAGUUUUAUUGCUCGUACGUUUAUAUAGGCAAUUUUUCACAAGUAUUCUAAAUUAUGAUUUCAUAGAGAUUUUAACAGUGAUUUGCAGAUCUUCUGACUUAGAAUCCAACAAUCGUUUUUUCCGUUUUUGAUUCUUGUAAAGGAACGCUGACAAAUUAUCUAUUUUUCAAUUCAGUACAUCUUGAAAUGCAUUGUUUGACAUCGAACCAAAAGUGUUGUUGAAUAAUUUGUAGAUGAGGACUUUCACCGAGUUUAGACAACUGUCGCCUGUUUGUUUUGAAUUUGUACUUUGGCAAUGCGUUUAGAGUUUUUCAAAUUUAUCAGUUCGUUUACAUUCAUAACUAAUUUAGUUGAUAACGAACUUUUUUGCUAAUAUGAAAUGUGCCUAGUA